UCACGGCAGCAGGUUUCUGCUUAGUUUGGAGUUACUCGUGUCACCACAACUGUAUGCCUGCUUGAAGGUGGUUUAAAAACAGGGGCUCAGCGGCACAAGGAGUCUGCAUGUCCGCUUAGACAUGCUCAGCUUUGUGGAUACCCGGAUUCUGUUGCUGCUUGCAGUAACAUCAUACCUAGCAUCAUGUCAAUUGACGGGUCCCAGAGGAGACAAAGGACCUCGAGGUGAUAGGGGUCCUCCUGGCCCUCGUGGAAUGGAUGGCACACCCGGACUCCCUGGCCCCUCUGGCCCCCCUGGCCCCCCUGGACUUGGAGGAAACUUUGCUGCUCAGUAUGAUGGUGCAAAAGCCCCCGAUCCCGGCCCUGGACCCCCGGGUAUGAUGGGACCCAGAGGCCAACCCGGACUUCCUGGGGCCCCUGGACCUCAGGGACACACAGGACACGCUGGUGAGCCUGGUGAGCCUGGACAGACUGGUUCCGUUGGAGCUCGUGGCCCCCCAGGACCUCCUGGCAAAACAGGAGAAGAUGGUAACAAUGGCAGACCUGGCAAGCCCGGAGACAGAGGUACCCCCGGCCCUCAGGGUGCUCGUGGAUUCCCCGGAACCCCUGGACUUCCAGGAAUGAAGGGACACAGAGGUUACACUGGUUUGGAUGGACGUAAAGGAGAGCCUGGUGCUGCUGGCGCCAAGGGUGAGUCUGGUUCCCACGGAGCUCCUGGAAGUCCUGGACUGGCGGGAUCACGUGGUCUGGCUGGUGAGAGAGGUCGUCCUGGCCCUGCUGGCCCUGCUGGUGCUCGUGGUGCUGAUGGUAACGUUGGACCUGCUGGUCCUGCUGGACCCUUGGGUGCUGCUGGUCCCCCAGGCUUCCCCGGUGGCCCCGGCCCUAAGGGAGAGAUUGGAACCUCUGGAGCCACUGGCCCAUCUGGACCUCAGGGAGCUAGAGGAGAGCCUGGACCCAAUGGUGCUGUUGGCCCUGUUGGACCCCCUGGUAACCCCGGUGCUAAUGGUCUGAAUGGACCCAAGGGAGCUGCUGGUCUCCCUGGUGCUGCUGGAGCUCCUGGCUUCCCUGGAGCAAGAGGAGGACCUGGACCUCAGGGACCUCAGGGUGCUGCUGGACCAAGAGGCCUUGCUGGAGAUCCUGGUCCUCAGGGUGUUAAGGGAGAUGGUGGUGUCAAGGGAGAGCCUGGUAACUCUGGACCUCAGGGAGCCCCUGGACCUCAAGGUGAGGAGGGCAAAAGAGGACCCACUGGUGAGCUUGGUGCCACUGGACCUGUUGGCAGCCGUGGAGCUAGAGGCGCUCCAGGCAGCCGUGGUUUGCCUGGUUCUGAGGGAAGAACCGGUCCCAUUGGUAUGCCUGGUGCUCGUGGUGCCACUGGUUCUGCUGGACCUCGUGGACCCCCUGGAGAUGCCGGCCGUGCUGGUGAGCCUGGCCCAGCUGGUCUCAGGGGUUUCUCAGGAAGCCCUGGAAGCUCUGGACCCCCAGGAAAAGAGGGACCUGCUGGUCCUGCUGGGCAAGAUGGCCGUGGUGGGCCUCCUGGCCCAAGUGGACCUAGAGGGCCACCUGGAAACAUUGGCUUCUCUGGACCCAAAGGACCCUCUGGAGAGCCUGGCAAGCCAGGAGAGAAGGGAUCUUCUGGCCCCACUGGACUGAGAGGAGUGCCUGGACCUGAUGGUAACAAUGGAGCAACUGGCCCCAUGGGACCUGCUGGGGGCUCUGGUGAGAAGGGAGAGCAGGGACCUUCUGGAGCUGCUGGCUUCCAGGGUCUGCCUGGACCUGCUGGACCUGUAGGAGAGGCUGGCAAGCCUGGAGACAGAGGUGUCCCAGGAGACCAGGGAGUUUCUGGACCUGCUGGUGCCAAGGGAGAACGUGGUAACCCAGGUGUUGCUGGAUCUGCUGGAGCUCAGGGAGCACUUGGCCCCCGUGGACCUGCUGGAACCCCAGGACCUGAUGGUGGCAAGGGAGAGCCUGGUUCUGCUGGAGCUGCUGGUGGUCCUGGACAUCAGGGACCUGGUGGCAUGCCCGGUGAGCGUGGUGCAGCUGGUGCUCCUGGACCUAAGGGAGAGAAGGGAGAGAAUGGACACAGAGGCCCUGAUGGAAAUCCUGGCAGAGAUGGCGCCCGUGGUCUACCUGGACCUGCUGGACCUCCUGGACCCACUGGAGCCAAUGGUGAUAAGGGUGAAGCUGGUUCCUUUGGACCCUCUGGCCCAGCUGGACCUCGUGGAGGCCCUGGUGAGCGUGGAGAGGUUGGACCUGCUGGACCCCUUGGAUUCUCUGGACCACCUGGUGCUGACGGUCAAGCUGGAGCACGAGGCGAGCGUGGGCCUGCUGGAGGAAAGGGAGAGGUUGGCGCCGCUGGUCCUUCUGGACCUGCUGGACAGUCUGGACCCCCUGGUGCUGGUGGCCCUGCUGGACCUACUGGUGCUCGUGGAGACACUGGCCCUGCUGGUCUGACUGGUUUCCCUGGUGCUGCUGGUAGAGCUGGUGCUCCUGGACCCUCUGGUAUUGUUGGACCUCCUGGCCUUUCUGGCCCUGCUGGCAAAGAUGGACCCCGUGGCGCCCGUGGUGAUACUGGUCCCGCUGGUCCUCCUGGUGAGCAGGGAAUGUUUGGACCCCAAGGUCUAGCUGGAGAGAAGGGACCCUCUGGAGAAUCUGGCCCUGCUGGUCCACCUGGUGCCCCUGGAACCUCUGGUCCUCUUGGACUUCAAGGAUUCGUUGGUCUGCCUGGUGCUAGAGGAGAUCGUGGUCCAUCUGGUGUUGCUGGUAGUGUGGGAGAGCCUGGUAGAGCUGGACCUCCUGGUCCUGCUGGAGCCCGUGGUCCUCCUGGUAACAUUGGCAUGCCUGGUAUGACUGGACCUCAGGGAGAGGCUGGACGUGAGGGUAACUCUGGUAACGAUGGACCCCCUGGCCGUUCUGGUGCUCCUGGACUCAAGGGAGACCGUGGUGAGCCCGGAUCUCCUGGUGGUGCUGGACUUGCUGGCGCCCCAGGACCUGCUGGACCCACUGGAGUUGUUGGCAGACCUGGAAACCGUGGAGAGGCUGGCUCACAUGGUCCCUCUGGUGCUGUUGGCCCCGCUGGAGCUAGAGGUGCCCCUGGACCCGCUGGACCCCGUGGUGAGAAGGGAGGUGCUGGAGAUAAGGGAGAGAGAGGCAUGAAGGGUCUGCGUGGACAUCCAGGUCUCCAAGGAAUGCCUGGACCUUCUGGACCUCCCGGUGACAGUGGACCUUCUGGAGCCGUUGGACCUUCUGGACCCAGAGGACCUGCUGGACCCCAUGGACCUUCUGGUAAGGAUGGUAGAUCUGGAGCUCACGGUACUAUGGGUGCUCCUGGUGCUCGUGGACCCCCUGGAUACUCUGGACCAGCUGGUCCUCCUGGAGCUCCUGGUCUGCCCGGACCUCCUGGCCCCUCUGGUGGUGGAUAUGACGUCUCCGGAUACGAUGAGUACAGAGCCGAUCAGCCCUCUCUGAGAGCCAAGGACUAUGAAGUUGAUGCCACCAUCAAGUCCCUCAACACUCAGAUCGAGAACUUGCUCACCCCCGAGGGAUCCAGGAAAAACCCUGCCCGCACCUGCCGUGACAUCAGGCUUAGCCACCCAGAAUGGAGCAGCGGAUUCUACUGGAUUGACCCCAACCAGGGUUGCAUCAAUGAUGCCAUCAAGGUCUUCUGCGACUUCACCACCCGCGAGACCUGCAUCCACGCCCACCCUGAGAGCAUCGCCCGCAAGAACUGGUUCAGAAGCACAGAGAGCAAGAAGCACGUCUGGUUCGGAGAAACUAUCAACGGCGGUACUGAGUUUUACUACAACGAUGAGACCCUCAGCCCACAGAGCAUGGCCACCCAGCUGGCUUUCAUGCGCCUGCUUUCCAACCAGGCCAGCCAGAACAUCACCUACCACUGCAAGAACAGCGUUGCCUACAUGGACGGUGAGAGCGGCAGCCUGAAGAAGGCUGUGGUGCUUCAGGGCUCCAACGACGUGGAGCUCAGGGCCGAGGGCAACAGCCGCUUCACCUUCUCCGUACUGGAGGAUGGCUGCACUAGACACACUGGUGAGUGGAGCAAGACAGUGAUUGAGUACAGAACAAAUAAACCAUCUCGCCUGCCCAUCCUCGACAUUGCACCUUUGGACAUUGGUGGAGCUGAUCAGGAAUUUGGUUUGGACAUUGGCCCAGUCUGUUUCAAAUAAAUAGACUCAUGAUAAAUUAACACCAAAAAGAGAGAAAGAACGAAAAAAAGAACACCCCGCCCGAAAUCUCUACCCUUCCUUUUGUGAUGUUUUUUUUUUUUAUACUGAAUGCUGAUUUCUCCAUGCGAAUCCACUUGCUUAAGAUGGGCAACUAUCGGAGAGGACUGAACGGACUAACGGAGCGUUUGUGCAAUGCAAAUUAAUACAGCCACCCAAAGGGACGCGGGAUAACACCUUGUUGUGGGACAUCAUGUCAUCUUUUUGUAAAAAAUAAAAAGAAGUGUAAUAAAAAUGCUGAAAGUAUGCAUCACUUUGUGGUCUUUGUAUAUCUUCCAAAGAGGAGGUUUGAAACCACAAUUUUCAAGAAAAAAGGUUUGAACUACCUCACGCCUGUACUUAAAGAAAAUACUAUUGACAAAACCUGGGUCCACAACCAAGAUGUUAAGACUUCUAAUGCUUCAAGCUUUGUCCCAUAUUGGAAGGUGCUCAGUUACUUGAAGUAGAGAUCUAUGGUGCUAAGAUGCAGCUGUGGAGCAAACCACUUUUUACUGUAUUUUUUUGUAUUGACCUUUGAGGAGUACUUCCAUUUAUCCCUCUGAUACUCCCCCAAUUUAAGUAGGUGGAAAAUUUCAAGAUCUGAUGUCUGGUUUUUGUUUAAUUUUAUUCCGUUUCUGUUCAGUUUUGUUUUUCCUAGAAGUUUUUUUUUAUUUUUAUUUUUGUUUUUUCUGCUCAGGCUUUUUCACUCUCCCACUCUGUGUUCAUACGGACAGCCCACAUUUCACCCAGUUCUGAAUGGUUUUUAGGCAGCCUUUCUCUCUCGCAAACAAUGACACCACAAAGUCUAUUGUACCUAUUUUGUAUAUGUGAGAUGUUUAAAUAAAUUGUGAAAAGUUCUGAAAUAAAGCAUGUCCAAUGUUCCAAAACCCA